UAAUAUAUUUUUUGUAGAGAAUUUUACGGCACAUCUUUUAAGAAAACAACAAAGCUUAGGGGAUACAAUUCAACUAAGAUAUGAGCAAAAUACUAAGUGACCGAUUUAUUCUGGAACACCCGUUACAUCAACGAAACAAAAAGUUGAAAUCGUACCGCAAAUUUAUUACCUAAACAAACAGACAACGAAAUCAGCAAUCAACUACUUGAUUGAUACUAUUAGGACCUGCAAAAUAACAUCAUUUGUUUUCGAUACGGAAUCGGAUCUGUCAACAACUCCAGCAAAACCACCAAUAAUUCAAAUUCUCCCGAUUCCAUCGUUUUGUUCUCCACCAGUAGUUAUUUUGAUUGAAGUUCAAUGGUUGCCAACCUUAUCCUCGUCACAUAGACAAUUGAUAAAACAAUCAUGUGAUGUUAUUUUUCAACAACCGCAGGAGUUCAUUGCUUGUGGUAGGAUUGAUGAUGAAUUAGAGAAAUUUCGACAAUUUAAUUUAUUUAAAAUGUCUAAUAUCAUGCAUAUCCGAAAUAUGCAAAAAGAAUUUCGGCCGUAUUAUAAUCAUACACAUCGACAUGCAUCGGAUUGUCGUGUUUUGGAACAAAUUUCAUUAGCAGAUGAUAAAUUAGCUUUAGUUGCUCCACAGGACAAUGUGGAAUUUGAUCAUGACCCAGAUUAUGAAUUAUGCACAUGCGAAUUCAGACCUGACAAAGAUCCUACUAACCAAAUCCUUGAGCACUUCAACGUGCAAUUGCCCUGGGAUCUGAGCAGCUUUUAG